CUGAUCCUGGCUUUUGACUGGAUUUUGCCGCCACUCUCCUCCUCCUUUCUCCUCCUCCUCCUCCUUCGCAACCGCCCGUGCAGGUCACGGCCCACGUCGUGGCCAAGCUGCGAGAUGGCUCCUUUGUCAGCAGGCGCUGUGCGAGACGAACCAGUUCGGGGUCAAUGGAGGCGUGGAACUUCUACCUUCGUGCCCCGUGCCUGGCCAACAGAGUGGACGAGCUGCGCGCGGAGGCCAUGAUCCAGUUCUUGUGGUGCCACCAGAGUCCAGGUCUCUGCUGGCUGUGCCUUUGCCAUUGGCUCUCUUGAUCGAGCUGAGCGUGAGGCAAAUGGCCAUGGCUGGGAGAUGCACGCUGGAGGUCGAGGGUCGGGUCAGAGACCGUGCCUGGCCUGGAUCGUGCUGCCGAGCCGCUGGUCUCCGAAUGGCACUCCACCGACGUGCACGUCUGCAGCGGGCAUCGGCUCCGUCGUGCGGGGCCCGCCGUCUUCUGCGAGGUGUGCGUGGCAUGGUCGGGCGGAGGCGUGUCCAAGCAGCUGAUGGCCAGUUGCGGAGGAGCGCCCACUGGAGAGGGGAAGGGGAAUACCUACCUCUCUAACAUCAAGUGGAGGAGAAAGCGGCUCCUCCGUGGCCUUCACCCGAAGGAGAACGUUUUACUCACGUUGCAGGCGCCAGUCGCUGAUGCACGCGACGAAGCGGCUGCUGGACUGCCUGCAGGUCAUGCGUGGCAUGCACCCCGCGCUGAUCCAGGGUGUGGUUCAGGCCGUGAAGUUCGUGCCGCGGCCGGCUCGAAUUCAUGACGGAGGUGUUUGACCACGUCAUGUUCUGUGCAGCGAGUUCGCCCACUUCUUCGAUGGCAACUCCGCGCACUUCAUCCUACGGCCCGCCUGGCUCCCUAGGGGAGUGCAGCGGGAGCGACGUCCUCGGCUACGCUGAUGGCCCGUCUGGCCCGCUUCUCGGGGGCGGGCCCACGGUGCUGCUCGUGGUGGACGCCAUCCUCGUCCUCGCCCGAGGACUGGCCGCCUCGGCCGUGCCGCCAGCUGUUCGUCCAGGCGGACGGCUGCGCCAGGCCUCGUCCCUCGUCCCUCCUCCUCCACUCGCCUCUUCUUGCUCCCAGCGCGGCGCCGAUGCGCUGUGUGGGUGAAUUCGUAUCGUGACAACCGCUCGAUUUUCCGCCCCAUUGACUUUCUCUGGUCACGCCCGAGUUCGGGACCACUGUUGAUUUUUUUGGGCCAUGGUUUUGUUUCCCGACUUGGGCUACGUUCUUCCUCCUCCCCCUCGACCGCUCGUUCAGGCAAUAGCUGUCACGAGUAGAUCUUUCUAUUAGCGUCUCUCUGUUGAGUGGGCCAGGAAUUGUUCGCCCAGGCCGGCGCUUAUAGCAAGCAGCAGUGAUCUCGUGGCAGCGCCGCUGGAACCCCGCUGUUGUUUUCCGCUCUCCUCCCUCCCCC